GUCCUUUUUCUAUUUCCUUUUGAUCCUGCAUCCUCUCUCUCUCUCUCUCUCUCUCUCUCUCUCUCUCUCUCUCUCUCUCUCUCUCUCUCUCUCUCUCUCUCUCUCUCUUCUCUCUGUCUGUCUCUGUGUUGGAGUUUGGCUUAUUUCUCCAUUCCAGAAAAGGCAAAGAGGGCUCAUGAGGAUCUGUUUCCGAUGUUUGGGACCGUUCACGUGCAAUACCUGGAGAUGGAAUCCAAGGGGAUAUAUUUUGCUGUUCCCAGGACGUGUGUCGCAAAGAGUGUGUUGCAAGAUUGUAUGAACUUGCGCGUUGUCUUCAGUGAAGUUCAGCACAUACCGCAGUGGCUGAUUGACAGAAGCGCAGAAGAAGAUAGUGAUUUCAGGCUGCCGUCAGCAAUGGAACAGCAACCUUCUACAAGUGAUAAAGAGACAAGGCGGAAAUCAACAGGGAGUUUCGGUGUGAAGAGAGCUCCAUCUCCGCAUGUGGGGACGGGUGUGUCACCGAGGCAAGAUUGUUUACCUUGCGACAGCGGGAAGCGUCAAAAGAUGUCGGCAAGGUCCGACUCCGGCCGCGACAGCGUGAUGCCAACACCUCUCAGCGAGUCCACCUCUGGAAGUCCAGGUGGCGGCGGCGGCGGCGGCGAGCAGCCCAUCUCUUGGCAGGCUGCAUCUGACAAGGCCGACUGCAAGUGCCUUGUCGGAGGCAGUCCUGCUCUUGCUGCGCAGCACGCAUUGCGGACAAUGGGUACCACCGGCACAGAUCAGCCCUGCGGCGCGUGUCUUUAUGAGUCCGGGGGGCGGCCACCCAUGCAGGAGGACUUGGGGAGCUAUGCAAGGCGUAGUCUUCUAGCAGGGUCUGACAUGUGCACCGUCGGUAAUUUGGACGAGCAAACAGUUGACCCGCUGUGUCAAAGAUGCGAUGCCAUCGCUCUGAAGGACGCGGCCAAGAACGGGCUGCCGAAGGAGGCUGGGAUCCCGAUCGGAACAGGGAUAGAUUGCAUGGUGGUUCUGGAUGACGCAGAUGAACGCAAAGACGAUGACAACGAUCAACGCGCUAAGCAGGAGGGGGGCAACAGAGGGAUGAGUUUACAGCAAACUCAACAGGAAGCGAAGCGCUUAGGAGGUAUGGCCAACGAGAGUUUUUUUGAAGGUACGAAUGCUGAUACCAAUGUCACUGGGCUGAUGGAAAUGCAGGGAAAGGAUGCGGCUGCUGUAAGAAUCCAGGAUAUGGGGGAGAAUGGGUCUGGGACUGCCAAAUUGAAUGGGUGCGCCAAAGCAGAGGAAGCUGAUAUGCAGCAGAGGAAAUGCACAAGUGCUGGGGCGAGUUCUUUGCGAUUAGUGGAAGAUGAUCAAGAAAGUGAAGGAAAAACUUUGAGGAAAAGGAAAGGACGAGAUACAGAAGACUUCAACAGAAAAUGUCCGGAUGCACGUAAAGGAUCUGGUGACCCUACAUUGCCUAACGACAGAAUGGUGGUAAUAGAGGAUGACGACGAAGUGGCUGACGGCUCUCCUCGGAGGAAUGAAAACUUGGCCUAUGGCGACGAUGCCAACAGGUCCUUGGAUAUGGAGGACCGCGCUCUGCAAGAUAGGGGGGAAGGAGUCCAUGACAGCAAUGCACGUACCGACAAGAUUGCCGCCUUAACUCCUAUCCCCCCCCACACGGUGGCGUUGAUGGAGAAUGCCUUGGGAGUGAAGCGAGAACCGGAGGGGUUCCUGAUGAUGCCAUUCUCUUAUAGUGGCAAGCGUCAGCAAGAGAAAACUGCAAGCAUUGACUUGGGCUCGGCAGCAGCCGCAGUGGCGGCGGCGGUGGCAGCAGCAGCAACAGCAGCUGCAGCAGCAGAAGCGGCGGCAGCAGAGGGGAUCGCGGAGGCAAGAGAAGCAACAUGCGAGCGGCUUGAGCACGCGGAAGGAGAUCGAGUGGACUCUUAUAGUGGCAAGCGUCAGCAAGAGAAAACUGCAAGCAUUGACUUGGGCUCGGCAGCAGCCGCAGUGGCGGCGGCGGUGGCAGCAGCAGCAACAGCAGCUGCAGCAGCAGAAGCGGCGGCAGCAGAGGGGAUCGCGGAGGCAAGAGAAGCAACAUGCGAGCGGCUUGAGCACGCGGAAGGAGAUCGAGUGGAGUACGUCGAGGAGAAGAAGAGGGGUCGCAAACCUGGUGUUUGCAGACGAGAGAGGAGGCAAAAAACAGUGGUGACGGACCGAUGGGAGAGUACGAACGAGGCGGAAGCUUUGUCGGGUAGUAAUUUCAAGGAAGCCAAAUCCAAGUCAGGUCGAAAACAUUGUAUUUAUAACUGCGGCAAAGAAUACGCUGCGCGAUGCGGAGCACUGAGGCGGCACCAGCGCAUCUGUCCGUCCAAUCCAAAUCGUUUCCGCGCGAUUGUUCUGUACAGUCCGGGGCAUGCGUCUUCAACCAGCAACAAGGAGGACACAAAAGGCUGCAAGCAAAAGGCGACUUGCCCGGAUAUCAAAGGCGCAGCUCUUGCAGAUGGCGGCGGCGGCUUAACUGCUACGAGGAGGAGACAAGCAUCCCUUGCUCCCAGGACUGAAAGCCAGAACGACAAGGUUCCCGGUGCAGAACUGAUCGCGGCGCCAGAGCAAAACUCUGGCAAGCCCGUGAGAUCGAUCACCGCCCUUGCGAGGGGGGUGAAUGUGAUGUGCGCUGAGACGACGAACCCGUUUCCCAUAACUAUGCCGUUGCGAGUUUUAUCAGAAUGUUAGUUCGAGGCCCGUGCAUGGGUUCUAGCCUCUAGGCCCGUGCACGAGGUUCCAGCCCCGUGCAUGGGUUCGAACCACGUUGUGAUCGGUGAGUUUUAGCAGAAAGGGAGUUGGAGGCCCAUGCAUGACUUCCGGUCCCGUGCAUGGGUGUUCGAAGUUCGAACCAUUGUUGUGAUAAUAGCAACCCCUUUUGAGCUAAGAUGAGCAGAGUCAGUUGGUCGGUCCUUUAUUACGGAGUUCCCAUGCGCAGUAGGGAUGAGGUGGGGGUGAUGACAAAUAAGGAAGGUGGAGCGGAGAAUUCGUAGCGCAGAUGCUGCUACGACGGCCGCUGUCACCCAUGCCCAGGACACGCCCCCGAUAAAAGUUUCAAAAAAUG